AAAGCAAAGCAGUGGGAGAGAGAGAGAGAGCAAAAAAUGCGUCCGAGGGCUAACAAUGGCAUGGGUUGGAUGGAAGGAGAGGAAGACGAUGCAGUUUCUUGGAGCAGAAACAACAACAACCACGAAGGAGAGACCACGGACGCAGACUUGAACCACCCUUCUCUCUCUACUUUCAAAUCCUUUCUCGAAAGUGAUUGGUACAUGAACAAUGCUAUAAUCAUGAACCCAGACUUCCAAACCAUCCCAGAAUUCAAAGAUAUGAACAUGAACAUGAAUAUGACCUUCUCUUCUUCUUCUUCUUCUUCUAAUCCCCCAACUACUGUGCCUGCUGAUAAUCUUCUCUUACAGCAGCCAAAGCCAAUGGAUUCCUCCUCCUCCUGCUCUCCCUCUCAAACAUUCAACUUCGACCCAUCACUCUCUCACCCAUUCUUGCCUCCUCCCUCAUCUUGCUUUUCUUCACUCUUCAAUGUUGUCUGUAACAACAACAACAACCCUUUUGAAAACGGCUUCGAUUUGGGCUGUGACACUAAUUUUCUUGAAAAUCAUAAUUGUAAUUCCCCCAUGUUGAUGGGUUUCAAUGGUCCGAGUUGGAGUUCUUCUGAGUUUCCAGCAACCCGUUUGGUGCAGAUUUCUGACAACAACGCUGCAAUUGGUUUCGAGGGUUCUUCUUCUGGGGAUGGGGAUGCUCCGUUUCUGAACAGGUCUAAGGUUUUGCGGCCUCCUGAAAUUUUACAACCUGUUGGAACUCAGCCCACUCUCUUUCAGAAGAGAGCUGCUUUACGACAAAGCUCUGCUGCCGGAGCCAUUAAUUUGGGGAAUUUGGACUUGAGGAAGAGCACCGAGGUUUCAGCAAGAGCUGAUGGAAAUUGGGGAAAGAGACUGGACGAUGGAGAAUUGAAGAAGAAGAGGAAGAUAAACGAUGAAGAUGAAUUUGAGGAAGCCAGUAUUGAUGCGUCGGGACUUAAUUAUGAUUCUUCUGAUGAGCCUUUUGAGAACAAGGUGGUUGAGAGUGAGGAUACCAACAAUGGUGGUAAUAACAAUUCCAAUGCUAACACCACCGUCACUACUGUUGUUGUUGGAGAUGAUCAAAAGGAAAAGGGAAAGAAAAAGGGGCUGCCAGCCAAAAAUUUGAUGGCUGAGAGGCGGCGAAGGAAAAAGCUCAAUGAUAGGCUAUACAUGCUUAGGUCUGUUGUCCCCAAAAUCAGCAAGAUGGAUAGAGCUUCAAUACUUGGAGAUGCCAUUGAAUACUUGAAGGAGCUUUUGCAAAGGAUCAAUGAUCUCCACAAUGAACUUGAGGCAACCCCACUGGCACCAGGAUCUUUGCUGCCACUGCCACCAACAAGCAGCUUCCAUCCAUUGACACCCACCCCACCGACCCUUCCAUAUCGUAUCAAAGAAGAAUUAUGCCCAAGUUCAUUGCCCAGCCCUAAAAACCAACCUGCAAGGGUUGAGGUUAGGGUAAGAGAAGGGAGGGCUGUUAACAUCCACAUGUUCUGUGCCCGCAGACCAGGUCUCUUGCUCUCCACCAUGAGGGCUCUGGACAACCUUGGGCUGGACAUUCAGCAAGCCGUCAUCAGCUGUUUCAAUGGGUUUGCUUUGGAUGUAUUUAUAGCUGAGCAAUGCAGGGAAGGCCUAGAAGUUGUACCCGAGCAGAUCAAAGCAGUACUUCUGGACUCGGCUGGUUUCCAGUUGUAGCUUUGCUCUCCGACAUUUGAAUUUGCAAAGCGGUGCGGUGGAGAAAAUUUCAUGGGAUAGUCCGAUGAUAUGGAACUGAUAAAUCCAAGUAGGUUCACCACACGUUAAACCAGGUCUCUGUAUUAGGUUGGAUUAUUGAUAGAUAGUGUACUUCUCUCCAGCAUUAUGCUUGGAAGUAGUACUUGAUUGAUGCAGUAGUGUUGCCUCCAGUAACUUGAGUUUUUCUUUCUUUAUUUAUUUUUAAAUAAGAUUAUGUGGGUUUGGUUUGAGCUUUC